GCCAUGGCCAGCGGACAUAAACUCAUUUUCACUGGAUUAUUGAUUUUUAUUUCAGUGCCAUGGACUUUGUCUGCUUCAGACGAAGAGCUCCAGGCCAGCUACUGGAACAACAAAGGGAGGCAGGCUCUUUACACUGCCUUGAAUAAUCAACCUAAUAUUCACCAAGCGAAGAACAUCAUCCUCUUCCUGGGGGACGGUAUGGGGGUAUCGACAGUGACCGCUGCCCGCAUCCUCAAAGGCCAGUUGGCGGGACAUUCUGGGGAGGAGACCAGUCUGGUUAUGGAUACCUUCCCUCACCUGGCGCUGUCUAAGACGUACAAUGUGGACCAGCAGAUGCCAGACAGCGCUGGCACAGCCACGGCUUACUGUUGUGGUGUGAAGGCCAACUACGGCACCUUGGGUGUCUCUGCCGCCUGCCCAAGGUACAACUGUAGUACUGUCAAAGGAAACGAAGUCUCAUCAGUUCUGCACCGCGCAAAGCAAGCAGGAAAGUCUGUGGGAAUUGUGACUACAACCAGAGUGCAGCAUGCCUCUCCUGGUGCAAACUACGCUCACACUGCCAACCGAAACUGGUACUCUGACUCCGACCUCACCGCUGAGGCGAUCGAUAAUGGCUGCCAUGACAUUGCUUACCAGCUAGUUUAUAACACAGAGAUAAAUGUCAUUCUUGGUGGAGGUCGUCAGUACAUGUUUCCAAGAGACGUCGCAGACCCAGAGUAUCCAGAGAAUUCAGCGUAUAGAGGAGACCGAGAUGAUGGAAAAAACCUUGUUACGGAGUGGUUGAAGAACAAAAUGAAUGCUAAAUAUGUUUGGAACAAAUCUGAAUUCGAUGCAGUCGAUCCUGCAAAAACAGACUUCCUGAUAGGUCUCUUUGAGCCCAAAGACUGCCGCUACGAGUUGGACCGUGAUCCGUCCAUGGACCCCUCCCUUACGGAGAUGAUGGAGAAAGCAAUUAAGAUUCUCAGCAAGAACCCAAAGGGAUUUUACCUCUUUGUGGAAGGUGGAAGAAUUGACCACGGUCACCAUGCCGGGAAGGCCAAAAUGGCUCUCAAUGAGGCUGUUGAGUUUGAUCGGGCGAUCGGGCGAGCAGCUGAACUCACCAGUGAGCUGGACACCCUGUCUGUGGUCACUGCUGACCACUCUCACGUCUUCGCCUAUGGAGGAUAUUCCGGCAGAGGAAACUCUGUUUUCGGGGUGUCUCGCUCACUAGCUAAGGACGACAAGCACUUCACCACUGCUGUGUAUGGAAAUGGACCAGGAUACCGGAAUGGAACUCGCCCAGAUAUGAAUGAAACAAUUUCAUCGGAUAAGGAAUACCGUCAGCAGGCUCCUGUCCCUCUUUCAUCAGAGACCCAUGGCAUAGAGGAUGUAGCCAUCUUCGCCAAAGGUCCCAUGUCACAUCUUUUCCACGGGGUCCAGGAGCAGAACUACAUUGCCCACGUCAUGGCUUACGCUGCCUGCCUGGAGCCCUACGAGAACUGCGAGCUACCCGAACCCCUGCAGCCCAGCCACGCUGGAUCCAUCCACCCCAGCCUGCUGGUCCUCCUGAUGGGCCUCCUCCUCCUCUCCCUCUGCUCUGUCUGAGAUGACUUUGGCAUCUGGUCCUGACCUUGGAAUAACUGUGCUAUCUGACAUUUUGAUUGAAAUAUUAAUAAUCCUUUCAUCGUGUUUUCUUUGUGGAAUUUAAGAGCUGUAUAGUUGCACAACUUUGAGAUCACUGCCAUUUUUAUCUUGUUCAGAUAACCUUGUUGUAAAAAAUCAAU